ACUUACAAUGGUGUAAAACUCGGUGCAUGAGUGGCUUCAUCAUAUUAAUAUGCAAUAAGAUUUUUAUUUAAUUGCUCUCAAAGUUCGUCUAGCCUGAAAAAGCCAAACUAGGGAUGGGUAAUAUUUAUUUUGAACUCCUUUCAAUCUUUUUGAUUUCUUUCCAACUAUAUUUAGGUCUUUCUAACACCUAAUUUCCCUAUUUUUCCAAACCAACUUAUCUUAUGUGAUAUAAUUUUUUGGUUUUUAUAUUCUUUAGCUGACUAUGAUCAUGAAAGAGCACAAAAAUCCUAAAGUUCUUAGUGAAGGCUUGUUGUGGAUGAUCACAGCAAUUGAGGAUUUUGGUGUUUCACAUCUGAAACUCAAGGAUGUAAUUGAUUUUUGUAAGGAUGUUGGGUUGCAUUCCAAUGCUGCCACACGAAAUGCGACAAUUAAACUUAUUGGUGUCCUACACAAAUUUGUUGGCCCGGAUAUCAAGGGAUUCUUAUCAGAUCUAAAGCCAGCUCUUCUAAGUGCUCUUGAUGCAGCAUAUGAAAAAAACCCAUUUGAGGGUACAUCCUCUAUACCGAAGAGGACAGUGAAGGCAUCAGAUUCUGUAUGUGUGUCUGGUGGUGGGUUAGAUAGUCUCCCACGUGAAGACAUAAGUGGAAAGAUUACACCUGCUUUGCUUAAGGGUUUAGAAAGCUCAGAUUGGAAGAUUAGGUUGGAAUCGAUUGAAGGUGUAAAUAAAAUUUUAGAAGAGGCCAACAAGCGCAUUCAGCCUACUGGCGCUGGAGAGCUGUUUGGUGCCCUUAGGUGCCGGUUGUAUGACAGCAAUAAGAAUAUUAUCAUGUCAACUCUAUCUACAGUUGGUGCGGUUGCAUCUUCUAUGGGGCCAGCAGUUGAGAAGUCAUGCAAGGGCAUUCUCUCAAAUAUAUUAAAAUGUCUUGGUGACAAUAAGAAGCACAUGAGAGAGUGUGCUUUGAACACACUUGAUGCUUGGGUAGCUGCUAUUCAUCUAGAGAAAAUGGUACCGUAUAUUACGGCUUCAUUGACGGAUGCUAAAAUUUGUGCGGACGGGCGUAAAGAUCUUUUUGAUUGGUCUUCCAAACAGCUUAAAGCAAUGAAAGAAUUUCCUGAGGCACUUUUUUUUCUAAAACCUGCUGCUUCUGCUAUGAUGGGAAAUUCUUUAGCCAUCGUCAUUGAACGGCUAAGACCGGAUGGGGGCUUACAAGGUUCGGUUGAAUUAGGCAAAACAAUAACAACUGUGCUCUCGACCAAAAACAACCCAAUGUUGGGAAAAUCCAAUGCCGCUACGCCUCACUUUGAAGACAGAAAAGUUUUUCGUGUGAAGAGUUCGAGGCAGGAGUCCCUCAUGUCUUCCCAGGGGAUCGGUAUACAGUCACAAGCUUUGAUAAAUACUCCGUAUUAAGGACUCUAACAAGGAUGAGAGAGAGAGAGAACUGUAAUUCGCAAAUUUAAGAUUGAGGAGCCACGUCUUGAAUAGAUUCAAGAUCUUGAGAGUCAUAUGACGAAGUUCUUCAGAGAAGAUUUUCACAGGAGGCUUUUAAGCUCCGACUUCAAGAAGCAAGUUGAUGGGAUUGAAAUGUUACAAAAGGGGCUGCCAUCUUCAAGAAAGGAAAUAAUUGAAGUUCUUGACAUACUCUUAAGGUUCUUGAGUGCCUUCCUGAGCUUUUUGAUAUGCUGAGGAAUGAAGGCUGCACCAUGACAGAAGCUGAAGCAGCCAUUUUUCUUCCAUGCUUGGUUGAAAAGAUUGUUGGACAGUUAAAAUCUUUGCAAACUGUGGGUAGUUUAACUUUAGAGUGGAAUGGUGAACUUCGAAAGGCUGCAUUAAAUACUCUAGCUCUCGGUUAAAAAUUAUUGGGUGAUGACAUCUGGAGAUAUGUUGGAAAGCUAACAGAGGCUCAGAGUAGCAUGUUAGAUGAUAGAUUUAAGUGGAAGGCUCGUGAGAUGGAAAGGUGGAGGGAGGGGAAACCAGGUGAAUCUAGGGCUGCUUUGAGGCGAUCUGUGUGAGAUAUUGGGUCAGAUUUGGCGGAGGAAAGUGGUGAAGUUUCUAGGUCCAUCGCCAGCCCAAUAUUAAACAGAAUUACAACCAAUCUGAACUUCCCACCAAGAGACAUUUAAUACAUUUUGCAAUUUCUGGAUCUAAUUGUUCCACAGACUGGAAUGAAGCUCUGGAUACAAUAGCAUAUGGUUCUCCCGAACAGGUUUACUUUAAUCUGAUGUGCAGUCUGAUUCUUAUACUUAAGAGAAGAAUAUUUGUUCCAAAAUAGUCACUUUCAAAUCUAUGCUGAAUACUAAUUGCCAAUGUUUAAUGUUCCUUCACAAUUUAUCUCUACAUGCACGAUGAUACUCUAUUUAACAAUGCGAUAUUGUUGGCAUGUUGAGACUGAGCAUUGGUAGUUGGUCCUACUGCUGAGCUCCUCUGGUGACCAAAAGGUCUUUAGUUUUGAACUACCCCUGUGGAUCUAGCCUCUUGACUAAAAUUGUCAGGGGAAGGAUACAUAUUUUCCUCCAUCACUGCACGGUGCAUAGCGCUUGAUUUGCUGGGUUUAUCCCUCAUUCUGAUCUUAUUGCGGAGUAUAUUAUAUUUGAUUAAAAGGUCUUGGUACCCACGCCACAACCUUAAGGAUAUCAAAAUAUUAAAUAGUGGAAGCAAUUUAUUCACAUACUAAAAUGCAUGGUGAUGUCUAACGCUCCAAAUUAUUUCAUAUUAUUCUAGCAUACUAGGUUACUAUAUCACAAGGGGCCCUUAUAUGAUUCAUUCAAUGAUGUUUUAUCUAAUAAAAUCUUGUUCAUUGG